AUGAACAGGACUCCGUUAGGAGAAAAGCGCAAGCAAAACAGACCGUACAAGAGGUGGACGGACGACUUUAAGGAAAAACGAGAGACUGCAACGAUUUUUCAAAUUCAAAUAUUUCCGCGUGUGAGUCGCGUGCGGCAAAGCGCCUUCAUGUACCUUUUCUACACGCCAAUCAAGGUGGUGCUAGGGCUCCGAAAGUGUGUAAGUGCUCGCGUUUGGCCAGAAAAAAAUGAUAUCGGUGAUGAAAGAUUGUCUCCUGUAAAGGAAUAUCUGUUAUAUUUGGAGAAAGAAAAUGCGGUUGGAUCUGGUGUGAAGCAGCCGAAAGUAGCCCUGGGGUAUGGUGCCUGUCACGAUUUAUUCGUAAAUGCUACGUCAUUUUUAAAUUUCAAAGAUCUCAAAGGUCCUCCGGAACAUUUUAACGAAAUAACUAGUAAAGAAGAGUUUUUAAAAAGUUUUGCUUAUUUUUUUAAGCAUGGGGCAGCAGCUGAACGAUUCAUGUCUAAUAGUGACUUAUAUGAUCAGCUUGUUGAAGAAGCGCUUACAUUGCCAGAUACUAGAUGGGCUAUUGGUGGCAAUGCACCACUAAUGGCAAGACGAUUCUUCAUGGAAGGAUGGAAGGUCUUACUAGCAGCUAAAAUGAGUAAAAAACUCAAAGAAUACAUUCCAAAAGAAAUAGAAAUAGUCGGAGCUGAUGAUACUGAGGAAGUUAAAGAUGAUGUACACAUGAUUCUAGAGUAUAAGGCAGAUCAACAGUUCGGUGCCUUCAAGUCACCCAGGGCAAAUCGGUAUAUCAUGCAUAAUGAUGAGAAUAAUCCUCUCCUAAGCUCUCUGGAAAAACUUGGGGAUGGUCUAGGAAAAUUUAAACCAAACUUAUUAGUUAUAAGUGGUUUACAAAUGAUGGAUAACUUCCCAUUCAAAAAAAAUGGAAGAGAUUUAAGAGCUGAAAGGUUAGAUUUAGUAAAAGAACAAAUUUUAUCACAACCACUGGAUACACUGUCUCAUUUUGAAAUGGCGAGUUAUGUAGACCUGGAACUCUUAACACACCUGACAACAAAAGUUCUACCCUAUGUAGACUCGGUUGGUAUGAAUGAACAAGAACUUUCAAAUUUAUACAAUGUAUUAGAAUAUGGUGAGGUGAUCGUUGUAGCAGAUUCAAACCCUAGAAUCGCAACAGCUCUUGAUCAAAUGAGAAAAACAUUCCACCUAAUAAGAAUGAAGAACAAUGAAUAUCAAAGCAAACGAGAAAUUACAAGGAUUCAUGUACACACUCUUGCUUACCAGGCCAUUUUAACAGUCAAAGAUUCAGACUGGAAACGCACUGAAGCAGCUGCAGCUAAAGCCUCAUUAACGGCACAUAGAUAUGUAUGUAACAAUCAGAAAAUUUCACUAGAUAAGUCAAAGUUAUUGUUAGAUGAUAGUUUUUCUACAACAACAGACAAUGAUAACAAUAGUAGAGUAUUUUUUGAGCCGUCUAAACCAGUUGCAUGUUGGGAUGAAGAUUUGAAUAAUACUAAAGUAGAGAUUUGCGUAGCUCCAGUGCUUAUUUGCACUGAAGCCCAGUUGACUGCGGGUGCUGGUGAUAAUAUCUCGGCUGCAGGCUUAGUUUUACAAAUUGAAAAGUAG